ACAGGAUCUGCCUGUUUGACUUGGGUUGGUCAGUAUGAACAUCAGCAAAACUUCAGGGACAUGUUCACCAUCACAGUCGGUGUAACUCAGUCAGCUUUUUAACCUCCUCCACCGCUGAAUGAAGGAGCUGCACCUCACAGGGAGUGUUUCUUUGUUCCGCUUCAGGAAUUUUCUCUCUACAUUCCAACAGUUGCAGCUUUGUCGUGUGUGAAGGAAAAGCAAACAUGGGAAGAAGAUCCGAUCUCACCACCUCAUGUUUGAAGCUCUGGAUCCUGAUGGUGCUGGUCCUCGUUGUUGUUCUAGUCGGCCUGCAGCUGGAAAUAAACCCUUUCAAAGCUUUAACCAAAGACUCAGCAGUUUCCAUUCAGACCUCCGACACAGACAGACCGUCCAAGAAGUCAGUUGAAAAAUGUUCUGGAAAGAAAAACUGUCCUGAUGGUCAGUUCAGUUUCUACAUGAAGAGUGGAGCUGCCAACGUCGUGGGUCCAAACAUCUGUGUCAAUAACAAACUGAUUCUCGGAACAAUUCUGAACAACGUUGGAACUGGAAUCAACAUCGCGGUGUUAGAUGGUAAAACAGGAGCUCUUAUGAAAUCGGAUCACUUUGACAUGUACAGUGGUGAGAUCGAACCUCUUAUCACGUUUCUGAAGAGCAUCAAGGAAGCUUCAGUGGUUCUGAUCGCAACCUUCGAUGAACCAUCAUCAAGGUUAAAUGAAGAAGCCAGAAAGCUGAUAGCUGAUCUGGGAAGCGCUUCGAUCAACUCGCUGGGAUUUAGAGACAACUGGUUGUUUGUUGGUGGAAAAGGAACAGAAAUGAAGAGUAACUUUGAGAAGUACAUAAAGAAUGAUCGAAAUACAAAUGCAUAUGAAAACUGGCCGGAGCUUAUCGAGCUGCAGGGUUGCAUUCCCAAGUUCCUGGACUGACUCUGCAGCUUUGUCCUGGAACCGCCGGCUGCAGGAACAAGAAGCUGCAGAAUCAUGAUUUUCAGAGCUUUUUGUUGGACAACAUGGGAAAGUCUGGUGGAGAGCUGUGAAAGCUGAAAACUGUGCUGGACUGGGACACACUUAGCACUUCAUUGGUCAUCAUUUGAUCAUAGUGGAUCAAUCUGAUCUUCCUGUGUGACUGUGGGGGGAUGAUGUCACCAAGAGGGGAAAAAAUGUCACUUUUCUACAUUAGGGUGGGAUUUAUCUUUUUUUUAAAUGGCAGAAUAGCUGCAGGUGUGAUUAGAAAAUAGUAAAAUCUUUGUCAUGGAAGUAUCCGUGGAAAACAUUUUAAAAUGGAACUAAGCUAACAUGCAUCUAAAAUUACAUGUUUUUUUGAGGAAACUUUGCACAAUGAACAAUGCUUCAUUUGUUCUCAGAUAGUUAUGUGAAUGUGUUGCAAACCAAACUCUGCAGCAACUCUAUGAAGAAAUAUUACAAAGUAAACAACCAUCUGAUUUUGCAGAUGAGCAACUUCUGACAACCUUAAAACUGCUGCAGAGAAAACUGCUGCGUUUUUUUCCCACAUGAAAUUAAAAGUUCCACACAGUUUGCAUUUCUGUGUAAUUGUGAUUAUGACACAUUCUCUCUGUUAACUGAACAAACAGAGGAUGUCAUGCCUCAUAUCCUUUUUCACAUCCUGCAGCACCCACUAAAUUGGUCUUGUUCAAGGUUUGCUUUUACUCUACAGCAAAUAAACACAAUGCAGCAGGUUCAGAUACAGGAGCUAACUGUAAAACACUAUUACGCAAGUUCAGAAAUAGAUGGCACUGAAAGGAAACUCAGUCCAUCCAUCUAUUUAUACCUAUACCUAAUCUAUACAUAAUUAAUCAAAUGAGACUUUAGCCUAUUCCAACUGCUGGGUGUAUAUUAGGAAAUGAAACACUGUUGGUGAGACAAAACAUGACAUGUCUUGAAUUUAUACUCAUUUCAUAUUUAUAUUUGUUGCCCCUUUUUUAGGAUUUGGAACAAAUGGGGGUUGUGUAACACACUGCACAUUUAUUUCACUAAAUGAGGUAAAAACUAAGCAUAACUGUGCAUUAUAAUUUCUCUAAAAGUAAUGUGUGAUUAAAUGAUCAAAUGUACUCUCUGAAAGGGACAGACUAAAAAUAUUUGUAUUCAGUAAAAAUAUGUGCAGUAAAAAUAUCUUGUUACAAAGUGUAAACACAGUAAUAAAAUAUGAGAAAAUGUGAAGCAGGCAGAUUGGGGUGUAAUAUUUAAAAAUCUUAAAAAAAUCACAUGUUUGAAUAUAAUAGUACCUAAGCCAAUUUGAAGAUAUCUGUUUUUAAAAAAUAAUGAUUAAAUUUUAAUUCAGGUAUUAAUUACAUUUAACACUGAUACUCGUGUUAAAGCAAAUGUGACUUCUGCAUAACUCAGGUAAUACAGGAUGUUGUUGUGAGAUUACCACCAGACUUAGAUUUUGUUUGUUCAUACAUCAUUUUAUAUGCUUAUUGUUUACGUUUAUAACUACAAGGACAAAACUGGAUUAAAUUGUGCAAGAACUUCUAAAUUACAAUCCUAACGCAAAUUCAUUUUUCUUUUCCUUUCACACAUCUAAUGAUUUAACUACUGUGUAAUGUUGUCUAAAUAAAAUUGUUAAAUUUUA